UAAGUUGUCAUCCGACAUCCGACUGAGACAGCUAAAUUCGUACACGUCAGGAAGUUUACGGUGCAAAGGCGAAAUGUUAGCAGUUGCAAAUGAACAGAAGGUCCGUGGACUCCAACGUGUCCCAUCAGACUCCAAGGAAUUCCACGAGGCUACCAAGCGCGAUGCGUUGAUUCGUUUGCGCAAGGAUCUGGACAAUCUGCUUCAGACUGCCGACGAUGUCAGGAAGUCAAUUCUGCAGAAAGAAAUGUGCGGAUUCGAAGCACUCUUUCAUCGGUUCUGGCAGGAAGAUGGUCCCUCGGUUGAGUGGGACCGUAUCCAAAAGCUACCGGAGGAUGCUGUAAAAGAUUACUCCAGUCUCAAAACUCCACAAGAAUCGGAGAUUUGCAAAAUGCUGAAUAGACUGGUCGUCGUAAAACUGAAUGGUUGUUUGAACGGACCAAAGAGUGUAAUCCCUGUUCGUAACGAUCUAACAUUCCUCAAUUUAACUGUGCAGCAAAUAGAGCAUUUGAACAAAAAAUAUGGAGCCAACGUACCACUGGUGUUGAUGCAUCCGUUCAAUACCGACGAGGAUACGGAAAAGGUCAUUCGCAAGUACAAGCGGUUCCAGGUUAAGAUCUACACAUUCAAUCAAAGCUGUUAUCCUCGCGUCAGCCGCGAUUCACUGCUGCCAGUUGCCAAGGAUUUCAAUAUUGAAACGAUAUCGAAGCGUGGUAUCAACGGCGCCGGUGGUGUAGUGAACUCUGGAUUGCUGAAAAGUUCCUAG